CCAUUUGUGCCGUUGUGCUGUGAAAAAACGGCCCGUCACCAAUGAAGCGACCAGCAUCCAAAGUUGUGGCGGCCAAGCCGAAAAAGCCGAAGACCAAGCCACUAAAGCCAGUGCCAAAGAAGGUCGCUCAAAGCGCCGUCCCAUCAAGCGAACGAGGCGCUUUAUUCGCAGAGGAGGCCUUUGACGCUGAGACCUUUGCACAUCGCUUCCGCUACGGUGACUUCAGUGGCGACAGUGCUGCUGCCAUCACCGAGGCCCGGAAGGAUGCGGUGCUGUCUCAAAAGCCACGAGUGCUGAAGUGGUCGACGUCAUCGAAGUCAAACAUCACGGUGCUCACAGUGAUUUUCUCGUCAGGCAGUGGGCAUUUGCCAUUGCAAGACACAGUUCAUUUGUGGUCACUGAAGCAGAUGGUGGACUUCGCCCGAGCUCUAGGUGCUACUGGAACUCGCCGCACUCGAAAAGCGGGCUUGCUUCCCUCGCCAGAAGCAGUAUGCAUCCGCUGCCCUCCAUUGUGGUGGUCGCUGGCUUUGUGGGCCUUUGCUCAAUCUGCUGGGGGAAGCUCCGGCAAAGGCAAGGGCACAGAAGCAGUGCCAACAUGUCCCAAAGAGCCUGCUUCAAUGCCAGGGGACUUUCCAAAGCUUCUCCACGCUCUCUUGGAGGGUGGAAAGAAUGGUGCUGGCGAGCGCGAGGUUCGCAAUACUUUGAUGUCCAUUCUGAUGCCAGUGGAGGCACAGUGAGCAAGUCGCUGCUCUCUCAUAUGGUGUCCGGAAAACAGAUCUUGAUAGAACACCUGCGUUCCUCUCUGCUACGCUGCUAUGCAUUUUCAGGCAUGAUAGUACGUUUGCGCCCCAAAGUGUG